AUGCCAUCGCCAAAACACCAAAAAGACCCAACAACAAUAGAAAUAUGGCGACAAGAAGUCUCAGCAUGUCUGCACUCCGACUCCACGCCAUCCGUCCCUACAACUAACACAUACACCUCCCCGCCACCAAAUCCGGCAACCCGACCUUCCACCCUCUGGAAGAAAAUGAAAUACCUACGACUAUUUGAUUACGCUCCGAAACCAGUCGCCGAAGUGGCACCUAUAACGACGGAGAUGUAUUCGUCAUCGACGGAUCAAGAGCGGUCUCCUACGACUGAUCGAGGGCACGUGGUGAGGGAUGAUGAGAGCAUCGAUUUCCACAGCCAGCAUAGCGAUAUACUAGAUGGUCUGAGGGAGAAAGCUGAGAGGCUAGAACGGGCUAGGAGACUUUUGGAUGGUGGAGCGAAGGGGGAUGGGAAAAGGAUUGCAUAG